AUGUCACUGCUCAAGGCACCUGUACAUUAUGUUGCAAUUGCACCACAGCCUAGAUGUUCAUCAAGACCACUGGCUGCUACUUUCCACUGGAAUGCCAAUUGUAAUCUACAAUAUCCAAGGCGCAAUCAGGUCAUUACGAUCGUAGACAACUAG